AUUUUCCCUCAACAAGAAACGCAAUUUUGUCUUAACCAAACAAUUCUUUGACGUCCGUGUCGAGAUGCAUUUGGAGACGUUUCCGAAGUCCUAAUGGAUUGAGAUACCACUAUGGUCUACCACAAAUUCCACAAUGUGUGUAGUGUGCGCAAUGUGUACCUAGGUAGCUUGCAAAUCCCUUGAUCCAUUGAAGGUCACUGGAUCUCUGGGGCUCAAAGACACAGCUUAGAAUCGGCAAUGGUCGGUUCUGUGCUAUGACUGCCCUCGGAUCAUCCCAGUACCCCGCGACUUUCCAGGGCUUUGGAGAGCUUGGAGAAGUCUCCAACUGACUUUUGAUCUUCUCUCUCCCAAUGUGUAACGACUCACAGCGUGUAACGACGCUUCGAUUUGAUCUUACCUAUGUAUUCUAGGUUCAGAAUAAUUGAAAUUCGGCAUUAAGAAGUAUGAGAGUACAUCUGGUUGCACGGAGUCUCUUUAGAGCUCAACAGCGAGCUUUCUCGACAACACCAAAACGGUUGGAGAGUUAUGGUUUUGUCGGGUUAGGUCAAAUGGGUUACCAGAUGGCCAAAAAUCUCCAGUCGAAACUUUCUUCCAAUGAUUCUGUUAGCCUGUUCGAUAUCAACAAUGAUGCUACAAAACGUCUAGCUGAAGAGAUGAAAGCUUCUCAAAUUGGUGGCGCCGCUGUUGAAAUUUCGCAUAGUGCAAACGAUGCUGCAAAAAAUUCGGACAUUGUAAUAACAGUGCUACCUGAACCAUCUCAUGUGAAGAGUGUGUACCGAGAGAUACUAUCUCCAGAUUUACCCAGGAAAGAAAGGGUAUAUAUCGACUGCUCAACCAUUGACCCUUCAUCAUCCCGAGAGGUUGCAAGGUGGGUUGCAGAUGCGAACCAAGGGCAAUUUGUGGAUGCUCCUAUGUCGGGUGGCGUUGUAGGUGCUGCUGCAGGCACGUUAACCUUUAUGCUGGGUGCCCCUGAUGCUCUAGUGCCAAGACUAGAACCAUUACUGCUACGAAUGGGAAAACGAGUAUUGCAUUGCGGCGCUCAGGGCAAUGGGCUUAGCGCAAAGCUAGCCAACAAUUAUUUGCUGGCGAUCAACAACAUUGCAACGGCCGAAGCUAUGAAUCUCGGUAUUAGAUGGGGACUUGACCCUAAGACGUUGGCGAAUAUCAUCAAUGUUAGCACUGGUAAGUGCUGGCCUAGCGAGGUCAAUAAUCCGGUAAAAGGUGUAGUUGAAGGUGCGCCGGCCAGCCGUGACUAUUCUGGUGGGUUCGGCAUUAGUCUGAUGAAGAAAGAUUUAAAGCUCGCUAUCGUGGCUGCUAACGAAGCUGGCGCAAAGCUAGAAUUGGGCGACCGAGCAAGGGAAGUCUACGAGACGGCGGAACAAGUAGAGUCGUGCAAAGGUAGAGACUUUUCCGUCAUUUAUAGAUUUCUUGAUGGUAAGGAAUGAGACAUACAUACUUAAUUGAAAGAUAUUAUAGAUAUCUGAGACCUCAAUUCUCCGAACUGUCGAUGAAUACUACCUGACUACCUGAUCACCUAGUACCUAUAAAUUAUAGGCAUCUUAACCAAACAUAAAAUGUUGAUUAUGAGAAUAAGCACCCAAUACGGGUACAUGUUCCGGGUCAAAAGAUCUGCGUGGCGCCGCCGUAGCGUCCCGGAUGUGGCCUUAUCCGCCUCUGGUUCGGAUCGAUCUCAUAUUUUAGGUCCUUUUCAACGAUAUAACAACAACCUUGAAGGUAACUAAAGACG